AUGACAGAUUUUUGGGAUAUCGUGUAUGAUAUAGAGGAAAGGGACUUGUGCCUUGUUUUAAAGGAUGGCGAAAACUGGAAAAAUGAAGGGAAAAUAAAGGAGAUAAAGACAACAAACGAAGUCGGUGUCGUUAUGGUUGUGUUAUCUACGGGUCAUCGGAGGUGUAAAUUAGACAGUUUAAAUCAAAACAACCCAAAGUUCAGAGGGACAUCAAAAUCCAGAACCAAAUUUUUGGAAGCUUGGAAGAAAUUUGUUGCAGAGUUUCCCGAAAGACAACAGAAUCAAAGGACAGAAGAGAGCGAAGACACAACUUGUGAUCAAAAUGUAAAUCAAGCAGAGUCAUCUAGUGAAGAUUUUUCCAGUCAUCUUACAACGAGCUCAAGUGACACUGAAUUAGAACUAGAGAGAAAACUUAUUGGUCGUUGCGUUGAGGUUCAUGUUAAGAACCUUGUGGCUCCACAUCCAUCGAGAUGCUUAAGGAACGUAGAUAGAAAGCAUGUUGAUGCUUUGAAAGAGUCGUUCAAAAUGAGACCAGAACACAAUAUUAUUUUCUUUGGGAUUGUUUUCAAAGAAAAUAUUGACCUGAAGGAAUUGUACAAGAGUGGUUCACCUGAAAUCGAAACUAUUGGUGGCAAUCAUUCAAGAAUAGCUCUUCAGGAGCUAUUUGAUGAAGGGUUAUUGAAGACACCGAGAAUAUACAUAAAUCUGUAUAAAAACCUGACUGACACUGAGGCCCUUAAACUUGGCUUCGACCACAAUGUUUGUCACGAAUUGGGGAAACCUACCUCAGCAUCAGAAAUGCUAUUUCUCUUCAGAAGAGAACUUCUGAAGAAAUUGACAGAAGAAGAACUGCCCACACCCAAGGCGUCCAAAAUAAAAAUGUGGAAGGAGACAUGUGCAUCGAUACUAGGGAUAAAAAAAACAAAACUGCAUAAUGUAUACCAUUGUAUGUUAGCAUUAUGUAUGUCUUCUAAGGAGGGUUGGAAACUCAUUGAAGAUUUUGUGUCUUCGUGGAAGUCCAAUGAACUUAAAAAAAAACCGAAAGGGGAGAUCAAGAAGACCCACUUCACCAAAAUGAGUGGGGCAGCAGAGAAAGAUAGAAAUUCCUUGCUUGUCCAGUUGGUGGAGGGGAAAAUUGAUUGGGAGGAAUUCAACAGGAGCUGCACCUCCAAAAAGUAA